AUGGUGGCCUCCCGACGUUGUGCCCUUGGGCUCGGGGCUUUUCUGAGACUGAGCCUGAGCCUGAGCCCCAGCCCUGUCUCUGCCGUCAAGAUGCUCUACGACGAUAGUCUUCCCGAGGAUCUCGAUGCGGCAUGUUCUGCGGCCCUCAUGGCUGAUAUUGCUUGCGAUCCUCUCGUGCCGGCCCUCCGCCAUGACUUCUACUACCCUACUGCCACGCUGACCCGCACGUGUACCGCUGGCUGCGCUUCUGCGCUCGAGUCGUGGGAGAGCUCCGUCCGGUCUGCCUGUGGGAACGACAUUGUUAUUCCUGACGAGUAUGACCUUAACGCAUCACCGAUUGUGAUCCCGGCCAGCCUCCGGUACAUCUAUAGCUUCACGUGUCUCAAGGAGAAUGAUGUCUUCUGUGGGCCUGUUGCGGCAUUGGCAUCUUUCUUCACCAAUCCUGGAGUUUCCGCCUUCAACUACAUCAACGAACUUCCCGAGGGCGCCGUUCAGCCCGCGGAUUGUGACCCGUGUCUCGCAGCCAGACUGCGCCUGCGAUCUGGGUCGCCCUACUUUGACGGCCCCGUCGUGGCCAGCGAGUCCAUCUACCAGACCCUGACAUCCAGCUAUGGCAUCACGGGCAAGCCUGCUACCACAUCUACCGUCGACUAUUUCACCAGUCAGCCUGAACCCACCGAGUCGGUCUGCGACGGCACCAUGUACCAGAUACAGGGCGGUGAUGAUUGCUACAGCAUCUCCAAGACUCAGAGUGUCGGUACGGCCUGGAUGCUGUCUGACAACCACCUCGGUGCUUAUUGUUACGAAUUCCCGACUUCGGGUAGUCUCUGCAUCACCAAUACGUGCAAAACUGUCACGGUGGCAGUCAACACGACGUGCAAAGCCAUCGUUACUGCUGCGAACAUCACAGAGCCACAGCUGCUGGCUUGGAAUCCUGUCAUCAACCCGGUCUGUUCCAACCUCGACAUGAUGAACGGCACCACGCUUUGCAUCGAACCACCCGGACCCAAGCUGCCACCCGCCCAGACGACAGGUGUUCCUCCGGUGACGCCUACCUCUGCUGCUCCGAUCCCCUCCAAUACCGCCAUUGGAUCCGACAAGCCUUACGGCCGCUGGUACAAGGUCAAGGCUAGCGACUACUGCAACCUAAUCACUCUCAAGUUUGCCAUUUCUCUCGAAGACUUCAUGUUCCUCAACACGGGCAUCAACUCUAACUACACCAACCUCUUUACCCAGGAGAGCUACUAUAUCAAGGCCGUCGGUGACAUCAACAACUAUCCCGGCCGUCCCGGAUAUGCCUCCGUCACCAUUGACCCCAACGAGUCCUUCACCGGCGUCCCCUUCACCAUGCUGCCCAACGCCACCAUGACCCUGGAUCCAAGACCGACCGAGCUCCCCUUGGCCCCCGGCGUCCGCGACGACUACGUCUUUUACUUCAAGGGCGAUGAGUAUCAAUACUCGCCUGACGUGUUCGGCUACUGGAACAGCAACUGCGAGAUUGCUGCGUCCAACUACAACGGUCUACAACCCACACAAACCACCUCCGAGGAGCCCGAGCCCACCGGGACCGGGACCGGGCCACAGCCGCCAGCGCCCACGCACGAGGGCCAGCCGGAAGACUGUGACGCCUGGCACGUCGUGAUCAGCAGCGACUCGUGCCAGUCCGUCGCUGACAACGCCGGAAUCUCCCUUGCGACGUUCCUCGAGUGGAACCCUGCCGUCAGCGACGACUGUACCCACAAUUUCUGGCUCGGACAAGCGUACUGCACACACAGGGAGGGCCAGGGCAUCAGCAUCACGGCCUCGGGGUCUGCUUCGACCACCACGGCGUCGACGACGGCCAAGCCCACCGCCCCGGCUCCGACGCACACCGGCCAACCUUCCGACUGUAACAAGUGGGACGUUGUGGCAGAAGGCGAUAGCUGUGGUUCCCUGGCCAGCGACAACGGCAUCUCGGUCGACCAGUUCUACGCCUGGAACCCCGCUGUGUCCAAGGACUGUAUUACCAACUUCUGGCUGGGGCAGGCAUACUGCGUCGGCGUAUCUGGGGCUGACUCCGGCGUCACGACAACGUCACCUUCUACACCCUCUACGACGGCAGCCCCGACCCCUCCCGCGCCGACACACACGGGCCAGCCGUCAGACUGCAACAAGUGGGACGUUGUGGUAAGCGGCGACAGCUGCGGAUCCAUGGCUUCGGACAACGGUAUUACCGUAGACCAGUUCUACGCUUGGAAUCCGGCCGUAUCCAAGGACUACGUAACAAACUUUUGGCUGGGGCAGGCCUACUGCGUCGGCCGAUCUAGUGUCGGGGGUAGCCCUACCACGACGCCGCCGAUAGCAACGACAGCGAAGCCGACGCCACCCGCGCCGACACACACCGGCCAGCCGGCCAAUUGUAACAAGUGGGAUGUCGUGGUGAGCGGCGACGGCUGUGCGUCUAUGGCCAGUGACAACGGUAUCACACUUGAUCAGUUUUACAACUGGAACCCUGCCGUCUCAAGGGAUUGCGUAACAAACUUCUGGCUUGGCCAGGCCUACUGCGUUGGCGUUUCUAGCUAG